AUGAGGUAUACAGCGGUCUCGCCUGCGCCUGAAGAGCACGACAUACCAGCUGUGGCGCCUCCUUCUCCCUCACCACUCGAUGGAGCACAUUCUUCUUCGCACGAGCGACUUCCAGAAGACUCGCCCUUCUUCAUACCACCAAGUCCGGCGAAUUUGAGACCGGCCGCCCAACGCACAGUCACAUCCUCGAGUACCACCACGAUCAAGCCACCCGUCUUCACAUCACAGCCCAAAUCGGCAGCGUCAACACAAAAAGUCAAUCCGAUAGGUCGAGGUGGAGCGUACAACCAUGUCCCACAGCCUCUGCUACACAGUAUGCGGGAAUCAUUCGAAGUGCUCGACAGCAACACCACUGGCACCGUUAAUUCUGCGGCAGUAUCGGAAAUGCUCUCUCAGCUAGGUUUGGACAACACACCCGCGGCGUUGAAGGACUUCUUCCCUCCCUCCGGACCUGCACAAUUGAACCUAGCACGAUAUCUGGAUGUUCUCUCGGGACCGUUGUCAGACAUGUCGCAACCAGAUGAGCUUCGCGCGGCAUUCGAGGCCUUUGACGUGGACGACAGCGGCCAGAUCGAUGUAUCAGUGCUGCGGGACGCUCUCCUUCACACAGCACCACAGCCAGGAGAAGAUAUGAUCCGUUUUAGCGAGCGAGAGGUUGAUGGAAUUUUGGGCGAGUUCACCAGCAGACGCGCUUUCGGAUCGAAAGGCCUACACACAGGCAACGCCAAGGGUGAUGUCUUCAGAUACCGCGACUUCACGGCCAACAUCAGCGGAGGUGGAGCAACAACGAAUGGAACAGAUGCUGCAAUGGCAGCUUGA